GCUCUAACCGUAGGUUAACAUCAAUUCAUUGACCCAAGCUCCCAACUCUGAUAAGUUCAUAAUUUCUAAUGCGACACCGAUUUUCAGCACUUCUUCUAAGCUACUAGUUUCACAUAUGAUUUCUAACCCUACAAACCCUUUCAAAUAAGCAAUCAAGAUCGGUCUUUGAUUGAAUCUAAAUUACCUACUUCGUAGAACCACGAUUUAUUCCCACCGUUUAGUGAUAAACGAUAAACCCAUCCCUUCGCAAAGAUGGUGCAAAUCAGCGAGGUUAAGGGCAACAAUCGCGAAAAUCGAACUGCUGCUCACACUCACAUCAAAGGAUUAGGCCUCAAAUCCGAUGGCACAGCUGAGAGGCAGGCCGGCGGCUUUGUAGGCCAACAGCAGGCCCGAGAGGCUGCUGGUGUCAUCGUCGACCUCAUUCGCGCUUCGAAGAUGGCCGGCCGUGGUGUAUUACUCGCGGGCGGACCUGGGACCGGAAAGACGGCACUUGCGCUUGCGCUGAGCCACGAACUCGGCACCAAGAUUCCCUUUUGCCCAAUCGUCGGAAGCGAGAUCUACUCAACCGAAGUGAAGAAGACCGAAGUGUUGAUGGAAAACUUCCGAAGAGCCAUCGGAUUAAAAGUGCGCGAGACGAAAGAGGUUUACGAGGGUGAAGUCACAGAGCUCACCCCAGAAGAGGCAGAGAACCCGCUAGGUGGCUAUGGAAAGACUAUCAGCACGCUGCUGAUAGGCUUGAAGAGUGCAAGGGGCCAGAAGAAGCUCAGAUUAGAUCCAAGCAUCUACGAAGCAAUCCAGAAGGAGAGAGUUACCGUUGGAGAUGUCAUCUACAUUGAGGCGAACACAGGUGCCUGCAAAAGGGUCGGACGAUCAGACGCGUACGCCACAGAAUUCGAUCUCGAAGCAGAGGAGUAUGUCCCUAUUCCGAAGGGUGAGGUGCACAAGAAGAAAGAGAUCGUGCAAGAUGUUACACUUCACGACCUGGACGUUGCCAACGCCCGGCCCCAAGGCGGCCAGGACAUAAUGAGUAUGAUGGGCCAGCUUAUGAAGCCCAAGAUGACGGAGAUCACAGAGAAGCUACGAGACGAGAUCAACAAGGUCGUUAGCAAAUACAUUGAUCAGGGAGUAGCUGAACUUGUCCCUGGUGUCUUAUUCAUUGAUGAGGCUCACAUGCUUGACAUUGAGUGUUUUACAUAUCUCAACCGAGCGUUAGAAUCUUCAAUCUCACCGAUUGUCGUGCUUGCCUCGAAUCGCGGUAUGUGCACCAUCCGUGGUACGGAUGGUGUUGUUGCCGCACACGGCAUCCCCCCUGACUUCUUAGCCCGGCUCCUCAUUAUCCCUACCACACCGUACGAGGCCGACGAGAUUAAGCGCAUUGUACGCAUCCGAGCAACAACAGAAGGUGUGCAGAUCACGGAUGCCGCUAUUGACAAGAUCGCGGAGCACGGUGUGCGCAUUAGUCUCAGAUACUGUCUUCAGUUGUUGACUCCCGCAAGCAUUCUCGCUCGAGUCAAUGGUCGUAGUCAGAUUGAUAUCAAAGAUGUUGCAGAGUGCGAGGAGCUUUUCCUCGAUGCGCGACGGAGUGCCGACUUAUUGAGCGGUGAGACAGGACGUGGGUUUAUCUCAUAAGCACGUUGUGUCUUAAGUUAAGAAAACGGGAGGUCUUAGACCACGGACGGGACUUAUCAUAAUAAUCCAAUUUCGCAAGGCUACGGCCCCGAAACUGCGAGAAAUAAGCAUCUGGGAUAGGAAAAUUACAUUACGGAGGGGUUUCGGAGUUCCUAAAUGUACUAUGUAUGUGUAUGUGUGUGUGUUGGUUGUUCGCAAUAUAAAUAGAGAGACAACCUGGUUGGUUGCUUUCCAGAUCGCCAACCCCAGAGAUAAUACUGAGACAUUGCAAAA